AUGGCGAGUCACGUGUCGCUACCGAGCGCUGGUCCCGGGCCGGUGAAGACGCAACUCGCUACCUCGCCUGCGGCCCUCGGCGUCGCCUACGCCACAGCGCUGGAAGGGUCCCGAGUGCUGCACCGCCUCAUGCGCGCCGUCGAUCAUGUCGAAACAUCGCAUCCACGACGCGGCCUCCGGUUGAAACACAUGCCAGAGCUGCCCGUCGUCAUGGCUGCCCGCCAGCUUUGGAUGGCGCGACUCUGCGGUGCUUCAGUACGCGCCGAGACAGAUGCGACAUCGCGGCCCAUCAAGGGCCUCUGGUGGCAGUCGUCGUCGAAUCCAGCAGCCCAAUGA